AUGCCGUCGAAAGAGAAAAAAUCGAGAGCUUCGGAGGAAACCGAGGAGGUGGACGAGGAAGUGGAGGAAGCAGAGGAACCAAAGUUAAAGAAGAGAAACAGUAGAAAGAAACAAAAUAGUUCAGAGCGCUCUGAUGAAAGGGGUUCGGACAAGAAGAAAAGUGAGGGCGAAAAAGUAAAAGACAAAAAGAAGAAAAGAAGAGAAGAUGCUGAGGAGGUUGUGAUUGACAGAGACGAAGGCGAGCAGAACAACAAUGAUCCAACCACUCAUUCCAAGAGGGAGAAAGCCAAAGAGGACGACGUGACCAAGGAGGAAAAGAAGAAAAAGAAGAAGAAGCCCUCCUCGGAGAACCCGGAGCAAGACGACGUGAUCGUCUCGAAGGAGAAGAAGUCCAGAGACGACAAGAAGAAGAAAAGAUCUCGUAAUGAGGGAGAGGACUCAGUGGUGGAGGACCAAGACCAGAACGACUCCAAGAAGAAGAAGAAGAAGAAGGGCAAGAAGGGGUCAGCGGAUAGCGAUGAGGAUAAAAAGAAAAAGGGGAAGAAAUCCAAAAACAAGCAAGUGGAUUAUGCAGCGAUCUACCAGAGCGAGCUACUGAACUACCACACAGACUCAUCGGACGGGUAUGAAGACGACUACUAUAAAAAGAAAGUUUAUGAGGUGGUCACCAUCACUGGUGACGUCAAAGGAGCUGGGACGGAUGCCAAUGUGUUCGUUACCCUUUUCGGAGAGUUUGGCGUCACCCCCAAGGUUCACCUGGCAAGCAAAAGCCGGACUGCGUUUGAGAAGAAUAAGACCGAUGUUUUCCGUAUUAAAACACACAACGUGGGUCCUCUCAAGAAGCUGAGGAUCGAGCACGACAAUACGGGAAUGAACGCCAGCUGGUUCUUGGACAGGGUGGUGGUGACCGACAUGAGCCGGCCUCACUUGCGCUUCUAUUUCGCUUGCAACAACUGGCUUAGUCGGGAAGAGGCAGACAACCUUUUUGUCAGGGACCUGCUCGGCAGCCUCAACCAGAUGGACGUCCCCAAAUUGAAUAAAUACAUAGUGAGCGUGUUUACUCCCGACAUGAAGGGAAGCGGAACUGACGCGGACGUCUUUCUCAACAUCUUUGGAGAGAGCGGGGACACAGGAGAGAGGAGGCUGGACAGCGACAAAGAUAACUUUGAACGCGGUUCCGAGGACAAGUUCACCAUCGAAUCACCAAACUUGGGAAGGCUGAGGAAAAUCACAAUUGGCCACAACAACAGAGGUUCAUCAGCUGGGUGGUUUCUAGAUAAGGUUACAAUCGAUGACAUCGGGAAUAAAGAAGUCUAUGAGUUCCCAGUCAAUCGCUGGUUUGCUAUGGAUGAAGAUGAUGGUAAAAUCCAGCGAGAUGUACUGGUUGGAUCACUGCAGCCAUCAGGAAUCGUAUACAAUGUACAAGUGAUGACUGGAGAUGUGCGAGGGGCGGGCACCAAUUCGAAAAUACACAUGGUCAUGCACGGCGCUAAGGGCUUGAAGAACAGUGGUAAAGUCUUCUUGGAGGGCGGCGCUUUUGAGCGUCAUCUCAUCGACAUCUUCAACGUGGAAAUUUGCGAACUGAUCAGCCCUCUUAGCAGGGUUACCAUUGGUCACGACAACGGCGCCGUCGGUGCAGGAUGGUACUGUGAGAAGGUGGUGAUAUAUUGUCCCUUCACGGGGAUCGAACAGACAUUUCCUUGUGGGAUGUGGCUGGAUGAGGAUGAGGGUGAUGGACUCAUUGAGCGGGAGCUCUAUGAGAUGGUUUCCCUUCGGCAGAGGAAGCAAAACAAGUACCCAUGGUCACUGUGGAUUUGGACUUCGGAUGUGAAGGGUGCUGGAACGGAUGCCCAGGUGUUUUUGCAGAUCUACGGAGAGAAAGGCAAAUCGGAUGAGACCAAACUGGAAAACAACUCUGACAGUUUUGAACAAGGCCGCCUCGAUAAAUUCAUGGUGGAAAUGCCUGACAUUGGAAGACUACUAAAAAUACGCAUUUGGCACGAGAAGAGGCAUCCGUUCGCUGGCUGGCAUUUAGGGAGGGUUACUUUGCUGAAGACUUUGACAAUGGAGAAAUACUCGUUCGAAUGUGGUCGUUGGCUCGACAUCAACGAAGACGACAAUGAGAUUGUCCGAGAGCUGCCGGCGACUGGAGCCCUCUGCAAGGAGCCGCUACCUCUAAUAAAGUAUCGUGUCACCAUCUGCACCGGCAACGUCAGCGGAAGCGGCACCGAUGCCAGCGUCUUCCUCAACAUCAUCGGUGACCUCGGCGACACCGGGGAACGACUCAUGUUCAUGAGCAAAAAUAAUGUCAACAAGUUCGAAAAGGGCAACCACGACGAGUUUCUCAUUGAAGCAGUGUCGCUGGGCCGCGUCCACAGGGUGCGAGUCGGACAUGAUGGCCGCGGCGGCGGUUGCGGUUGGUUCCUUGAUAAGGUCAUGGUGAGGGAGGAAGGCCAGCCGGAGUCUUUUGCCACAGAGUUCCCAUGUUACAGGUGGUUGGACCGCAAUGAGGACGACGGGCAGAUUGUCCGCGAGUUGGUUCCAGCCGGAGAUGGCCUGCGGCUCUUUAAUGUCAGCUACCACAUAUCCAUUAAGACGGGCAGUGUGAACGGGGCCAGCUCAGACUCCAGGGUGUUUGUCAAGCUCUAUGGGGAGAAGGGCGACACUAGCAAGAUCACCCUGGCGGUCUCAGACAAUGAUCUGAGGAACUACUUUGAAACCGGUCGCACUGACAUCUUCACCAUAGAGACCUAUGACAUCGGAAAGGUCAACCGCCUCCUCAUCGGCCACACCAACGAAGGCCUGAGAGCCGGCUGGUUUCUGGACAGCGUUCAGAUCUCUGUGCCGGUUCAAGGGAUGCAGUACAUGUUCCCGAGUCAUCGCUGGCUCUGCAAAGAUGAGGCUGAUGGAAAAGUGGAGGUGGAGAUCUAUCCCAGCGAGACCCUGGACAUAGAAAAAUUGAUCAACUACGAAGUAACCGUGGUAACAGGGGACGUGCGUACAGGUGGCACCAAUGCUAACGUCUUCUGUCAGAUUUAUGGCGAUGACGGAAAAACCGAGGUUCUCCCACUGAAGAGCCGCUCCAAUAAUUUUGAACGUGGCACCACCGAGAUCUUCAAGAUUGAAGCACAGGAUGUUGGGAAGCUCUACAAGCUGCGGAUCUACCACGACGGGAAGGGCAUCGGGGACGGCUGGUUUCUGGAAUCGGUGGACAUCAAGCGGCUGACGACGGCCAUGGUGCUGGUUGAGGUGAAAAAGGAGGAUAGCAAGAAGGAGAAGAAGAAGGACAAGAAAAAGAAGAAGAAAGAAGAGGAGGAGGAGGUGGAGAUGGUUGAGGAGCUACAGGAAGUGGUGGAGACGUUCAACUUCCCUUGUAACCGAUGGCUGGCGAGGGAUGAGGAGGACAAGGAGAUUGUGGUCGAAUUACUGACGGAGGAUAACGAAGACCUGGAGGUCAACUCUUAUGAUGUCCACGUGUUCACUGGGACGAUGUGGGGAGCGGGGACAGACGCCAAUGUUUACAUCAACAUCUAUGGGGAUAAUGGCGACACGGGCGAGCGGCGCUUCAGGAAGUCUAACCACCUGAACAAAUUUGAGAAAGGCCAGGAGGACAAUUUCACCAUCACGGCGGUCGACCUGGGAACCUUGAAGAAGCUGAGAAUCCGACAUGACAACAGCCAAGCCGGUGCAGGCUGGUUUCUGGACAGGGUGGAGAUUGUGGACAACAAAGACGAUACCACGUACUUUUUCCCGUGUAAGCGAUGGCUGGCGGUGGAUGAGGACGACGGCCAGCUGGCCAGGGAGCUCGUUCCUGUGGACGAGGCCUUCAUGAAGAGGAACGAGGAUGACGAUGAGGAGGAGGACUCAGAAGCCACCCUGGGCCUGGAGCAGAAGGCCAUGUCCACAACAUACACGGUGAGAAUAAAAACCGGCGAAAAGAAGUACGCUGGAACUGACGCUAACGUCUUCAUGACCCUGUACGGCACCAAGGAUGACACAGGCAUAAUUAACCUGAAGUCUUCAAAGACGCACAGAAACAAGUUUGAGCGAGGAAUGACUGACGAGUUCACGGUGGAGGCGGUGGACAUCGGCCCGCUGAAGAAACUCCGCAUCGGACACGACAACCGUGGAGGCUCGGCCGGUUGGUUCCUCGACUGGGUGGAGAUCGAUGCUCCUUCCUUAGGACAGAAACUGCGCUUCCCAUGUGGCCGCUGGCUGGACAAAGGCGAGGAUGAUGGCACCAUUGUGAGGGACCUUUUCCCGAAUCCUCUUCAAACAGAACUUUACACGCCAUUCGUCCCUUACGAGAUCAAAAUCUUCACAAGCGACGUGUUCGCCGCCGGCACGGACGCAGACGUCUUCAUCGUCCUGUACGGCCGGGACGCCGUGUGCACGCAGCAGAAGCGUCUGUGCGUCAACAAGAGGGAGAGGAUCAUGUACUUUGAGAGGGGAGCAGAGGACAUGUUCAUCGUGGAGCUGGAAGACGUAGGGGAAGUCAUCGAGAAGAUCCGCAUCGGUCACGACAACCGUGGGAUCAACCCGGGAUGGCAUCUGGACAGAGUGGAGAUCCGACGUCUGCUCAGGAAGGGAAAGGGUUCAGAGACAGUCAUCUUCCUGUGUGAACGCUGGCUCGCCAAGUCGGAGGACGAUGGAGAGACAGUGAGGGAGCUGGUACCCUCUGACAUCAUCACCGAGAAGCUCUCACGAGACGGAAGCCUGAAGGUGACGGAGGUGGAGGUGGAGGAUGCCCUGGAGACUCACACAUACAAAGUGUCAGUGAUGACAGGCGACAUGUACGGUGCGGGGUCGGACGCCAACGUCUUCCUCACCAUCUACGGCGACCUUGGAGACACGGGCGAGAGGAAGCUCAGCAAGUCGGAGAACAACAGCAACAAGUUUGAACGAGGAUCGGUGGACAAAUUCACCAUAGAAGCCGUCGACCUGGGGCAGGUUUUUAGGAUCAAGAUCCACCAUGAUAACAGCAUGGUGAGUGCAGACUGGUACCUGGACCAGGUGGAAGUUCUGGACGUGGACACAGAGGAGGUGUUCCUCAUCCAUUGUGAACGAUGGCUCUCCAAGAAGCGGGAGGACCGACGUAUUGAGAGAGUAUUCUACGUCAAGGGCUACGAGGGCGUCAGACAGAGCCUGAGCAGCAAAAAGAAAUUGGCCUUGAAGAGCGUCGACAGUAACAAUAAAAAGAGCAAAAAGAAGGAAGUAGAGGAACUACCACUUCCCGUCAUACCGUACCACAUCACGCUGUGUACCGGGCUGGAGCGAGAUGCCGGCACCACCAGCAGGGCCUACGUGAUCAUCAUCGGGGCUGAUCACAGUCGCACGGAGAGACUGUGGCUGGACCCUCCAGACGGGAGGAAGGGCUUCCAGGCUGGCUCCCUGGAGAGCUUCGAGUGUCACGGUUCAGAUGUGGGGGAGAUGAAAAAGGUGGAGCUUGGCCAUGAUGGAGCUACCCCAGAGAGCUGCUGGCUGGUGGAUGAGCUCUCUGUUGCCGUGCCAACCAAAGGGGUCAAAUAUAUCUUUGCUUGCAUGUGCUGGCUGGCCAAAGAUCGCGGUGACGGGCUGACCGCCAGAGUGUUCAACGUACUGGAUGCGGAGGCUGUUUCCAUCUCCCAGAAGGUCAUUUAUGAGAUAAUUGUGACCACCGGGGAUGUCCAAAACGCCGGAACAGACACUCAGAUCUUUAUGUCUGUGUUCGGCGCUAACGGCAGCACAGAGGAAAUGCUGCUGCAGAAAAACGAGGACAGGUUCGAGCGCGGUCAGGAGGACACCUUUAACAUGGAGAUCGAUGACAUCGCCCCGCUGAGGAAGAUGAGGCUUCGCAUUGACGGCUCCGGCAGCAGACCUGAUUGGUUCCUUGAUCAGGUGAUCAUGCGCAACCUGACCACGGAAGAAGUGUCCGUGUUCACCUACGAAGAGUGGCUGUCCAGGACACGUGGACCAAAGAGGACCAUGAUCUGCGAGAUGGCUGCCAUGGUGGACGAGGAGAUGAUGGUGGAGCUCACCACCUACGUGAUCCAGGUCAAGACCAGUGAUGUUGCAGGGGCUGGAACCGACGCCAAUGUAUGGAUCAUCGUCUUCGGAGAGAACGGAGACACAGGGACUCUGGCGUUGAAAGAGUGCAACAGGUCCAACAAGUUUGAGCGCAAACAGGCGGACACGUUUCGCUUCGCCGACAUCCUGAGUCUGGGAGAGCUCUCCAAAGUGCGAGUGUGGCACGACAACAGGGGUCCCUCGCCGGGAUGGCACCUAGACUACAUCGACGUGAAGGAUGAGCUCUUGGACAAAACCUUUCGCUUCCCAUGCGACCGCUGGCUCGCCAAAAACGACGGCGACGGGCAGAUCAUGAGAGAACUGGCCUGCGCUAACAACGAAUACUUGGACCUGGAUGAGAAAACCAAGUAUGAGAUUUGCGUCACAACCGGAGACACAGAUGACGCUGAAACCAAAGAGAGCGCCUGGAUUGUGCUGGAGGGGAGGAAGGGACGUUCGAAGGAAUUUCUGAUGGAGAACUCGUCGAAGAAGAAGAGGUUCUUGCGAGGACACGUUGACAGGUUUGAGUUCUCGUCCAAGAACCUCGGCGACAUCGUCGGUAUCUGCGUGGGCCACACGUCCAAGGAUGGGAAGAAAGUAAAAGGAGAGAUUUACUGGCAUGUGAAGGAGAUUUUUGUGACUGAAAGAGAGCUGGGCAACAAGUACAUCUUCAGCUGCGACGCCCGGGUCCCCUUGUCCCCGAAAAGGGACGACUUCUUGACCGUCGAGUGCACCAAGUUCAUCGAGAGCUUUGCGAGUAAAGCCCGCAGCCUGGUGCCGGUCAAGUACGAGAUCAUCGUCAUCACGGGCGACGAGAAAGGUGCGGGCACGGACGCCAACGUCUUCAUCACCAUCUUCGGCUCCAACGGCGACUCGGGUCGGCGGCAGCUGCGACAGAAGUUCCGCAACCUUUUCGAGCGCGAGCAGACGGACCGAUUUCUGCUGGAGAUGCUGGACAUGGGCGAGCUGCAGAAGGUUCGGGUGGAGCACGACAACUCGGGUCUGAACCCCGGCUGGCUGUUGGACCGCGUGGAGGUCACCAACACGGCGAACGGGGUCACCACCAUUUUUCUGUGCGGGAAGUGGCUGGACACCAACAGGGCUGAUGGAAAGAUUGCCAGAGUCCUCUACCCCAAAUACUAGUCCACGUCUCAGGUACUUUGACGUAAUGACUCAGGAAAAUCAAUGUGCCAUUCUUUGUAACAGCUUUGUAAUGUUUUAUAAACGAAUAAAUUCCCACUUGGAUGUUCUAUUGUGAGUCCAUGCAA